AUGUUUGAGGCUGUAGAUUGUCCUGAAGAAAGGAGGGUGGAGAUAGCUACAUUCUAUCUCCAGCAAGAAGCUGACAAUUGGUGGAGUAUGAUGGGACCCAUGUAUCGGCAAGAGGGAGAAUUUCAAUGGACUGACCUUAAGGCUCGAAUGCGGGAUCGUUUUUAUCCCGAGCAUGUUAAGUCCGCCAAGUAUGAGGAAUUUCUGCAUCUACGUCAAGGGACGACAUCUAUUCAGGACUACUUUGCUAAAUAUCUUGAGCUGGCACGAUUUGUUCCUGCCCUAGCCCCGGAUGAGCCAAGCAAGGCUAGGAAGUUUUGUCAGACUCUUGGAGAGGCUUAUAGUAAGGCUGCCAAACAUUAUCGAAUCCAGCAGAUGCAGAAGGAGGUUCGUGAGAAGGGUAAGAGGAGAUUUGAAGGUAGUAGCAAAGGGGGAGAGAAGAAAUCUAAGAUGAGUCAAGGAGAGACUGUUCAGGAGUACCAAAGAAGUGGGAUUCCCAGACCUAGGAGGGAUUACCCAACUCAAAGUGCGGGGAUGACCGGUAGAGGAUGGAUGAAGGAGAGGCAUUUCCAUUGUAAAAGAUGUGGGAAGGAUCAUCCCGGUGUCGAUUGUAUAGGGAUGCCGGUAGAGUGCUUCAACUGUGGGAAGAAGGGCCAUCACUCAUUUGAGUGUCAAACUAGCACGAGGGAAAGGUCAUUCUGUCCUAGUCAAAGUCAAGGAAAGACCCAAUAA